AUGGCUCUUGACGAUAUUGAGAUUGGCAACCUUUUUUAUCAAGAGGCUGCUGCUGAUGCUUCGAGUACUUCUACUUCUACGCCGGUUGUGACUAUUGUUUCCGACCCGACAUCUAUUCCUUAUGGUGUCAAUACUAUUCCAGAACCUGCUCCUGAUGCAUUCACCUAUGACAAGUGGGUGAUGGAGAAUGCUAUUGUGAAAUGUUGGCUUAUCGGUGCCAUGGAACCGAGUGUGAUGAAUUUGUUCAUUCGUCUUCCCAUAGCCAAAAAUAUUUGGGAGGCAGCGUCUCACACAUAUUAUGAAUGUGCUGAUAGAUCAAUUAUCUAUAAUUUAUCUCGCAAAGCUAUGGAGACUAAGCAGGACCAUGGUUGGAUUCUUGAUUCUGGAGCUACUAAUCAUAUGACAUUUGAUGCGUCUCUCCUUCACUAUAAUCAUUCUCCUGCUUGUUCUCCUGUUGGUAAUGUCAAUGGUGUGCCCUCUCCAGUUACUAGUGUUGGAAGUGUUGAUUUAAGUCCCUCUCUCACAUUGGACCAUACUUUAUUGCUUCCUACGCUCUCCAAUAAUUUGUAA